UUAGGAGGUUGUACCAACACAUUAGUGAUGGUAACUGAAAAGCAGUGUUCCCCAGGUUUUCUGGAAGUAGCUAAAAGAUUACUUAACUGUUGUUGUUUAAAGCUAGAGAGAUUUCUGUAGCUGUGUAGAUAGAAAUCAAACAUGAAGGUCCAUGAGAAAAGGUCUCAGGCUCAUGCACCAGCUGCUGAAGAAGGUAAAAUAAUGACAAGGAAGCAGAAGGCAGAGAACAAAGGACAGGAAGGAGAACAAUCUCCCAAGAAGGCAAAAAGCGAAAAUGACACUAGUCAUUCUUCUAAUGGGAAAAGUAAAGCUGAUAUUGCUAAAGAGUUUGAAGAUUUCUCUAAAGCCAUCAGAGAGAAACUUUCUAUUGCUCAAAUGAAAGAAAUAUUAGAUCUGAAUGAUCAAGAUUCAUCUGGCUCUGAUGGCGCUAUUACCACUAAAUGUCAAGAUUUGCUGUUUCUUGGAGCAUUAGGGAAAUGUCCAUUGUGUGAUUGCAAGUUGGAGUUUGAUGGUAAAAGGUAUAGCUGCAGUGGGUUUUAUAGUGAAUGGUCUAGUUGUACUUUUAAGACCAGAAAUCCACCAAGGAUAGAAGAGCCAAUCAAAUUACCUGAUUCUGUUCUAAACUCUCCUAUUGCAGAUUUGCUAAAGAAGUAUCAAGAACCUAGCCGUCGGCCUCCUCAGGAUUUAGCUGCUCCGGUCAAGCCUUUUGCAGGAAUGCUGGUUUCUUUAUCAGGCCGUCCUUCUCGAACACAUCAAUUUUGGAAGAAAAGCAUUGAGAAAAAUGGAGGAAAGGUCUCCAAUUCUGUUGUUGGUGUGAGUUGUCUAGUCACUUCGCCUGCUGAGCGAGAGCGUGGAGGUUCUUCUAAGCUCACAGAAGCAAUGGAGAGGAGCAUACCUGUUGUGAGGGAAGAAUGGCUGCUAGAAAGCAUUGAGAAGCAAGAACCCUUACCAUUAGAAGCUUAUGAUAUUGUUUCUGAUCUUGCUGUGGAAGGCAGAGGAAUUCCUUGGGAUAAACAAGAACAGAGCGAAGAAGCUCUCGAGUCCAUUUCAGCAGAACUCAAGGUUUAUGGCAAAAGAGGAGUUCAUAAGGAUGCCAAAUUGCACGAUCGUGGUGCACAAAUAUUUGAGAGAGAUGGGAUAUUGUACAAUUGUGCAUUUUCUCUCUGUGACAUGGGAAGAGAAAUAAAUGAAUAUUGUAUCAUCCAACUUAUCACAGUGUCAGAAAGUAACUUGCAUUUGUUCUACAAGAAAGGGAAAGCAGGUGAUGAUCCAAACGCAGAGGAGAGGCUUGAAGAGUUGGAAAAUGUGGAUAAUGCUAUUAAAGAGUUUGUAAGGCUCUUUGAAGAAAUUACUGGAAAUGAAUUUGAGCCGUGGGAGAGAGAAAAGAAGUUCGAAAAGAAACGACUAAAGUUCUAUCCUAUUGACAUGGAUGAUGGGGUUGAUGUGAGACAAGGAGGGCUUGGUCUUAGGCAGCUAGGAGUCGCAGCUACACAUUGCAAACUUGAACCCAAGGUUGCAAAUUUUAUGAAGGUUUUGUGCAGUCAGGAGAUUUACAGGUAUGCCAUGAUGGAGAUGAGUUUAGACCCACCCGACCUACCGAUGGGGAUGCUCUCUAAUUUCCAUUUGAAAAGAUGUGAGGAGGUUCUACUUCAGUUUGUAGCAGCAGUGAAAUCAAUGAAAGGGACUGAGCAAAAGGCUGAGGCUGUUUGGUCAGAUUACAGCCAGAGAUGGUUUAAUCUUAUGCACUCUACUAGGCCUUUGAUCCUAAGAGACUAUGAUGAACUUGCAGAUAAUGUUGCAGCAGCAUUUGAGACUGUCCGGGAUAUAACUGUGGCCUCACAUCUUAUAGGAGAUAUGUCUGGUUCAACUCUUGAUGAUCCACUGUCAGAUCGAUACAAGAAGUUAGGAUGCUCAAUUUCUCCACUGGAGAAAGAUUCUGAUGAAUAUAAAAUGAUUGUCAAAUACUUGGAAAAAACUUAUGAACCAAUCAAAGUUGGAGAUAUUGAUUAUGGAGUAUCAGUUGAGAAUAUUUUUGCCGUUGAAUCAAGCGCUUGGCCUUCUUUAGAUGAAAUCAAGAAGUUGCCGAACAAAGUCUUGUUGUGGUGUGGUACCCGAAGUUCGAACUUGUUAAGGCAUUUGCAGAAGGGCUUCUUACCAGCUGCUUGUUCUCUUCCGGUACCGGGUUAUAUGUUUGGCAAGGCAAUUGUUUGUUCUGAUGCUGCUGCAGAAGCAGCUAGAUAUGGUUUUACUGCUAUAGAUAGACCAGAAGGAUUCCUGGUUCUAGCCGUUGCUUCUCUUGGAGAUCAAGCAACUGAGAUUUCGAGCCUGCCAGAGGAUACGAAAUCCUUUGAAGAGAAAAAGAUCGGCGUUAAAGGGUUAGGGAGGAAGAAAACAGAUGAGUCAGAACACUUCAUGUGGGAAAAUGACAUAAAGGUUCCUUGCGGCAGCUUGAAGCUAUCAGAGCAUAAAGAUAGUCCUCUGGAAUAUAAUGAGUAUGCUGUCUACGAUCCAAAACAGACAUGCAUAAGGUUCCUGGUGGGAGUCAAGUACGAGGAGAAGGAUGUGAUUAUGGACACUGCAGAACCAUGAGUUGAAGAAAGGGGACUAACAAAGUUCUUUUUGUGUAUUCCUAGCUUUUUGCCAUUCUCUUGUUCUGGGGACAGAGGAACAUAGACAGGGGACUUUUUUUUUUUUUUUGCUAAGGUUCUAAGUUUUUAACAUCUAAUGCUCUCAAGUAUAUGUUGAUGGAUUUUGUUUGUAUAUAACAUAAUCAUCACCGUGGCUAACCUAUGUUGUAGCUUUGACUAGUUUUUGUUGCAUGUAAUGAUAAUUCUAGUUUUGCCUACCGUUUCCUUU